AUGUCCGGCUUGUCAAGUAUUGAAGUCAAUGAGGAGCGAUCGGUUGUGAAGGUGGGAGCAGGAGCGAAGUGGUUAAGCGUGUAUCAAUUCCUCGACCCCCUGGGUGUUGCCGUAGCAGGUGGACGGAACGGCGACGUCGGCGUAGGCGGUCUUCUUCUCGGUGGUGGGAUCGCGCAUUUCUCCCCUAGAGUGGGGUGGGCGUGUGAUAACGUCGUGAAUUUCGAGAUCGUCCUAGGAAACGGCACCCUCACAAACGCAAACCUCACCUCCCACCCCUCCCUCUUCCGUGCUCUUAAGGGGGGCGCUAACAACUUCGGCAUCGUAACGCGGGUUGAUCUCUCCACCUUUCCCCAGGGUGACAUCGCUUCAUCGCUGGUGUUCAAUGAUAUCGCGCAGCGCGGGGCGGUGUUAAAAGCAUUCACUGAUAUCGCCGACGCCGCUGAAUUCGAUGUCUAUGCUUCUCUCGUGACGAGUUUGGUGUAUACCUCCAGCACGAAGGGGUGGGAGAUAAUCAACAUAGUAGCCUACACCGCGCCCAUCGCCCAACCAGCCGUGUUCAAGGACCUCCUCUCCAUCCCCAGCACCACGAACAAAACAUCCCUAUCCAUAACCACCCUAGCAGCUCUAGCAGAUGAAUCCCAAACCGCACCCUCAAACCAAAUCAUGGCCACCGCGACAUUCAAGCCCUCCCUAACACUCAUGCUCGAGUUCUAUCAUAUAGCGAAUGAGUUCUUCACCUCCUUUGACGCUAAUGGGGGGAUAACAUGGCUGUUGACUUUCGAACCCCUCGUCGCUGCCAUGGUUCCCUUAUCUCGGAGCAGUAGCAGCCAAGGAAACGUCCUCGGUCUCGGGCCAGAGGAUAAGGGGUUCAUCCUCCUCCUCUCAGCCAGCUGGGCAGAUACCGCGUCAACAAAGGCAGUGCAAGACGCUACACGCCAUGUAAUGUCCUUACUAGAGUCAUCUGCAGAGGAAAAGGGGUUGUUAUUGAAGUUCCAGUAUCUCAAUUACGCAGCAGCGAAUCAGACUCCACUAGAGUCAUAUGGGGAGGAGAAUCUGAAGUUUUUGAGGGGGGUGAGUAGGGAGUAUGAUCCAAAGGGGGUUUUCCAGAAACAAGUCCCAGGAGGGUUUAAGUUGUGGUAG